UGAUUCCCACUCACCCACUCUCACAGAUUGAAUCACUCUCUUCCUCGCCUCCUGUCUCUCUCUCUCUCUCUUUAUCGCUGGCUGGACUAGUCUGGAGUAUCGGAAAUUUCGAAAAUAUCAAGAUAACCACUUAUCAGCAUCGGAAAGGAUAGAAGAAAAGAUUAUUCGAGUGAAGGAAAUCAACCAAAAAAUCUCUGCAGGAUUGGAAUUGUCGAUAUCAAGAGGGCCACCCCCACCAAACUUCUCAUUCUGUUUACCUAAAUAAUUAAAAAUCCUUAUAAAAAUGGACAUGCGAAAGAUGGCAGAACUCCUCCGCGCGACGAUUGACCCGAAUCAACGUGCCGCAGCGGAAGAGCAACUCAAACAGAUUGAAAAGAUCAUCGGCGUGGCACCCGCCCUCCUCCAAAUCGUCAUGUCAAACGAGGUCGAGAUGCCGAUCCGCCAAGCGGGUGUGAUUUACUUAAAAAAUAUGAUGUUCAAGUCGUGGUCAGAGGACGAAGAGGACACGACCCGUUUCCACAUUCAUGAACAGGACCGCGCUGUCAUUCGUGACGCCCUCGUCGAUGCUGCCGUUCACGCCCCAACAAUUAUCCGAUCCCAACUUUGCGAGUGCAUCGGAUACGUGUGCAAACAAGACUUCCCCACCCGGUGGACCUCCCUUGUCGAUAAGAUCGUAAUCUAUUUACAAUCUCCGGACGCAGCGGGAUGGCCGGGAGCGUUGAGCGGGUUGCGUGCCCUUGUUAAGGUUUUCGAAUAUAGGAAAGGCGACGAGCGGGUGGCACUGGACGAGGCGAUGAAUCUCCUUCUCCCUCUUGUGCAGCAAAUCAUGGUCGGUCUUCUCCCUGAUCAUUCCCCUCAAGCUCUCAUGAUGCAGCGUCUCGUCCUCAAGUCGUUCUACGCCCUCACUCAGCACCACCUCCCACUCGCCCUUCUCGGCGAAAAAGGACAAUGGGUCAGGUUUCAACAGUGGAUGGAGCUAGUUAGACAAGUUCUCGACAGAACGAACCCGGAGAUGGAAAAGAAGCCAGUGGACGAUGAGGAUCGCGAGGAGUUGGAAUCGAACGAGUGGUGGAAGACUAAAAAGUGGGCGAUGCGCAUUUUAUACCGGAUGUUUGAGCGGUACGGUUCUCCUGGCGGUGUGACCAAGGAAUAUAAAGACUUUGCCACAUAUUACCUCUCAAACUUCUCUGAGGGAGCUAUUCAAGUCGUCUUCAAAAUCAUGGAAACGUACAGAAGGGGAAAUUUCGUUGCGGAAAAGGUCAUGCGAGACGGCAUCCUCUACUUGAAGAACGCCGUGAGCCAUGCGCACUCAUGGAAGUACAUCAAACCCCACGCGAACACGAUGCUGUCAGAUGUGAUUUUUCCCCUCAUGUGCCAUUCCGAGGCGGAUGAGACCAUGUGGAAAGACGAUCCCGUUGAGUACAUUCGAACCAAGUAUGGCGAGUCGUUGGAAGAGGAUUCUGCCGUCAACUGUGGGGAGCAGUUGCUCAAUACGAUGUGUAAAAAGAGGAAGGGCGUCCUUCCAAAGUGUAUCGCUCUCGUGACGCAGGUUCUCAACGAGCCAAACUCUACGCCACAGCAGAAGGACGGUGCGCUCCAUAUGGUCGGCGCGAUUGCGGACAUUCUCCUCAAAAAGGAUGCAUAUAAGGAUGCCUUUGAUGACGUUAUCAUCCGAUUCGUCUUCCCUUCAAUGGAUGCUCCCUUCCCAUUCAUUCGGGCUCGCGCCGCUUGGCUCAUGCAGCGCCUUUCUACCCUAAAAUUCUCGCGAGAAGAAGUCCUCACUGAAUGUUUGCGUCUCCUCAUCAAAGCCGUUUUAUCCAAGGAGGAGGAAUUGCCCGUCAAAGUGGAGGCGGCUUUCGGACUGGAAGCUUUCAUCCAAGACCAGCACCGCACUCAUGCCCUCAUCCAACCACAAAUUCGCCCAGUCACACUAGAACUACUCCAAAUGCUUCGCUCCACCGAGAACGACGACCUGACCAACGUGCUGCAAAAGAUUGUUUGCGCCUUCGUGGAAGACGUGGCGCAAAUCGCGCACGAAAUCUGUGUCCACUUGUCUUCCACUUUCCAACAAAUAAUGGAGUCGACUGCCACCAUUGACGACAGCGAGAAGACGAUUGUAGCCAUGGGACUGCUCAACACGAUGGAAACGGUACUCGUAGUAAUGGAGGAACAACCCGAAGUUUGCUUAAAGCUGGAGCCCGUCCUUCUCCAGGUUGUCAUGCUUAUUUUGGAACAGUCCAUCAUGGAAUUUUACGAGGAGGCCUUCUCCCUCAUCGCCUCCCUCACAGAGAAACAAAUCUCCCCUGCAAUGUGGCAGGUUUUUGGGGGGCUGUACCGUGUGAUUGAGCGUGACGGAACGGACUACUUUGUUGAAAUGAUGCCCACCUUGCACAACUACAUCACGGUCGAUACUGACGCGUUCCUCUCCGACGAGAACCGUCUCAUUGCGGUUUGCUCCAUAAUAAAGAAGGUUCUCCUGGACGAUGCCGACGUUGGAGAAGAUGCCGAAAGUCAUGCCGCAAAGCUCAUCGAAGUCUUGAUCCUGCAGUGUCGUGGGAAGAUUCAGCCGGUGAUCCCGUCCCUCUUACAACUCGCCCUCGAACGGCUCAACAGACCUAUCAAGACAUCCGAGUUGAGAACAAUGUGUCUCCAGGUCGUCGUCGCAUCUCUCUAUCAUGACCUCAGCCUCACCCAGAGUGUCGUCGUGAGUGGGAUGGACGCCUUUGUAAAGCAGUGGAUCAACGACACGGACUGCUUUUUGGGUCUGCAUGAUAGAAAGAUCUGCGUUCUCGGACUCUGUGCGCUCAUUCAGAGUCCGAAUAAACCCAUGGCGCUGCAAGAAUGCUCGAAAGAAGUCCUACCUUCCCUCAUUUUGUUGUUCGACGGACUCAAGAGAGCCUAUGCGGCUAAAGCCCUCGAGAAUGCGGACUCUGAUUCGGAAGAGGAGGAAGAAGAUGAAGAGUGUGAAGUCGAAGAAGCUCUGAGCGACAAUGAGGACGACAUUGAUGAAGAAUCCGCCGAAUAUUUAGAAACCCUGGAGGAAAAGUUGAACAAGAGUAAAACGCCGUUCCCCAUGAAUGCAGAAAUUCAAGGAGAUGACGAAGAUGACGAUGACGACGACGACUACUCGGAUGGGGAGGAAACUCCACUAGAGUGCUAUGCCACGCCGUUGGACGACGAGGAGUCUAACGUCGACGAGUACAUCAUAUUCAAAGAAGUUCUCAUCGCUUUACAACAACGCGAGCCCGAGUGGUACAACUUGUUGACCACCAAUUUAAACGAAGACCAGAGAAAAUCUAUGCAAGAAAUUUUUACGUUGGCAGAUCAGCGAAAAGCGGCAGCACAGAGUAAAGAAAUCCAGAAACGUGGAGGAUUCGAAUUCCGACCGCAAGCUGUCCCCCAAACUUUUAACUUUGGAAGUGGAAACGUUCCCGAAUUUGGACGUCCUUAGUGAAAAUAACGCGUUUAAUAAUAAUAUAAUAACUAAACCUUUUAGGACACGAUAUGAAUAAGAAAAGAGGCUGUGUUGUUACCUGAACUUGAACUGGUGGGAUCAUUCAUAAUAAGAUCACGGUGCUCGAACUUCUUCUCGUCCUCCUCCUCCUGGGUUUCUCCUCGUUCUUUACUUUUCUAUCCUUAUUAUUUAAUUCAAGCUAUAGAACUUUGUAUAACAGAUUGUUAACCAUUUGUUAAGUUACUUGUUAAUUAUUAGUUAUUAUGACGUGUUAAUAAACCACCACCUCCUUGUUUACGUAUAAUUUCGAAAAGAAUUGUGAUCCCUGUGCCACUAUUGUAAACUGUGUUGGGAGAAACCCGAGGAGAACGAAAGAAUUACAGUACUGUGAGUCAUAAGAUGAUGGAAAUUGAUGAUUGUGAAAAUCAUAUAUAUUAUAAAUAAAUAAAUAAUUAUUAUGUGGUUAUCUUUA